AUGGCUAGUUUGAAUAGAAGUGAAGCCUUUCCAGCGUCGCAGUCGCUGGAUCUAGAAGAUUGCGAUGAAGAAACUCAAGCCCUGAUCGCAGAUUCGUUGCAGUUGGCCGACGAACUAGUGGCGAUCACGGCGUACGAAGAACUGGCGCGAUCACGAUCCGCCGCCCUGAAGGACAUUGAACUGGACGUGGAACACUACUGCCGAACGGUACUGGCCUACAAGGAGUCACUGGAUCGAUUGUCGCUGCUCGAAAACGGUGUCCUGCACGCGCUCAAUCGGGCCAGGGCACCACCAGCGAACAUUGAUAGUUUACUCCACGGGAUGGAAAACAAAAUGGACUUGCUCCGGAAACUUCUACGUGAAAGCAUGACCGUCGCUUGUCCUAGCAUGCUAGAUCGGGAGUCGCUCGGCAUACUUGGACAGCAUCGCGAGCAGUUGAAUACCUUGCAGCAGCAGCUGGAGCGAGCAGAAGCCUUGAUCGACGGAAUUCAGGUACGGGAGCUGGCCAAAACGAUGGAGGCGCUGGAACGUUUCACGAAGAAGCUAAACCAGGAGAUGGACAGCAUGCUAAAACUGAACACGGUGCACAGUCAAAUGGUGGUGGGGUUCUCGAAGAAAGUCUCCCUCGAAAGUCCUCCGGAUAAAUGA